AUGUCCACGCCAGGGCAAGCAUCGGAAGCUUUGAAUUUUUUAAUUGGCUUCUCAGUGUCCUUUGCUGCAUCGGUUAUGAAUGCAGCAGGCCUUAAUUUGCUUAAAUUAGAUCACGUCAAAAACUCCAGUAUGCCUCCGAAUAUACAACGAAACGAGUGCGGAAGGCCUUUAUGGCACUUUGGCUUAUAUUUGUAUAUUGCCAGUCAACUCAUAGGAAGCACGAUCGCAUUAAAUUUCCUUAAAGCACAAUGGGUAGCACCUCUUGGCUCGAUAUCACUUAUAUUCAAUUUCAUAUUUGCUCGAAUGUUUGUUGGAACACGGAUUACAAGACGAGAUAUCAUUGGUACUUUUGUCGUGAUAAUCAGCGUAAUAUGGAUCGUGAUAUUUGGUGGAAUAGAUACUGAUGGAGACGAUGAUCUAACAUUGGGAAAGUUAAAGUCACUGAUGAUACGUCCACUUUUUAUCGUGUACUUUUCAUUCCUUAAUAUUUUGACAUUUGGACUGUUUGGGACUGCUAUAUAUUGUUACUGGAUCCUCAAGGAUGAACACAGAAAGAUGCGUGACAACUUCUUUAAAGGGAUUGACACAUUGAGGUUAAGAAAGGUUGUAGGCAUGACCAUGGCGAGUGUUGGUGGUUUGACUGCGAGUCAAACGUUACUUUUAGCCAAAAGCGGUGUUAAACUUUUCUAUAUAUCGAUCACUUCUUCCAACCAAUUCACAGAUAGCCUAAGCAAAUUUAUUCUUGUUGGACUUGCGGUCACUGCCGUGUUACAAGUAUAUUGUCUUAAUACCGCAUUAAAAUUACACGAUUCCGUGUUGGUUGUUCCAAUGUUUUAUGGAUUUUAUACUGCCAUGGGACUUGUAAACUCCGUGAUUUAUCUCGGUGAAAUAGGAACCUACCCAGGCUAUGCCCUCAUAUUAGUAGGAUUAGGAAUUGUUGUAUUAGUAUAUGGUGUUUGUAUGCUGAGCGAGACAAAAGAAAUUCCAAAUACGGGAACUGUUGAAUUCGAAUUUGAAGACGAGGAUGAAGUAAAGAACGAAAACGCGCAUGGAACCGGUAAAUGGGAUGACUUUAGUAUUGGAGGUUCAAGUAGUGCCGCAGGAUCGGACGUAGAACUAUAUAAACAAAAUUCCAAUAGCACUAGAGGUCGAUUUGGAGACGGAAGAAUAUUCUCAUUUUCAAAUAAAUCUGGACUAGGCUUUAAACCUGGAUUUUUCAGGAUGAGUCGAUUGGGCAGUAAGAACAGAACCGAAUUCCGAGAAGUUGGCACAAAAUUAUCUCAAAUAAGUUUAGAAAAUUCAUCAUCUCCACAUGUUAUAAUUGAUCAAGAUGAUGAAUUUUCUGAUGACGAAUUUAUAACACAACAAAUUGCUACCCCACCAGAAGCAGCGGUAACAGAUGAUUUGUUGUCAUUCUCUGGAAAUUCAUUGUCACAAUCAAGCGCGGCGAAAAAUAUUGAUGAAUCACUAUCUUUAUUAAUAUCAAAAAACCAAUUUCUAAGCAAAACAUAUGAAGAUGAAGUAGAGUCGGUAUUAUACGCGCAAAGUUUUGAUGACCUAUUAAAAACCAAAGAUUUAUCGAAGGAGAAUGACAAACCUGAUGGAGACAGAAGUUGA